AUGGAGAGAACCACUAUUGACAUAUUGCCUGAAUGUCUCAUUGAAAAAAUUGCUUCUUACCUUAGUUUUAAAGAUGCAGCCAAGAUGAUUUCUCAGCCUAUUGAUAAGUGGCUUGACAUUGCACUUCAGAAUGGUGUAAAGUAUCUCUUCUUUGAAGUUCAUAACUUUUCAUUGCCUAUUUUCACAAUCUUGGCAGCAAAAUCUUUAACACAAUUGGUUGUGGACUGGUGUACUCUUAUGCCUAUUUCGUUUUCUAGCGAUGUGAUGAGUUGCAAUUCUUUGAGAAAGCUUUCUCUAACCCAUGUCAAAUUAGAUGAAAACAUGCUACAAACUCUACUUAAUUGUUGUCCUUUGAUUGUCAGCUUCAUCUUUGAUUAUUGUUGGGGGUUCAAAAAGAUUGAGUUGACGUUGAAUCUUCAAAAGAUCAAGUCAGUUUCCAUUAAGUCAAGAGAACAAAACGAACUUGUUAAAAUCCAAGCACCAACUCUUGAACACCUGACUUAUGACGGUUAUUUAUGGGGAAAAUUGGAUAUUGUUGAAUGUCAGAAUCUAAAAUCUUUAGAUAUAUCAUAUGUGAGAAUAUCUGAUGAAUUUCUGCAGAACCUUAUUUCUGGAUCUCAAUCCCUGAAGGACUUGAAGAUUCGAAAUUGUGAGGAUAUAGAGGAGAUUGAUUCUUCAAAUUUGGAGUCACUUGAGUAUAUGGGAUAUAAAAUUCCUAAACUAAAAAUUGCAAGACAAUUGAAGCACUUGAAAAUCAAUCUUCUGUGCUUUAGCAGUUUAAAAGCUACAUGGUUCUGUAACUUGAGAAAGCUACUAUCAAAUUCGAUCUCUUGCCCUGAAAUUUCCCUUGAUUUUUCCAAAUGCAAUGAGAUCAACUUGACAGAUUUGCAACUGCACCAAGGAGUUGCUACCCCCAAAGUCGACGUUUUAAAUAUCUCACCUUCGGAGAUGGUCAUUACAAGCUUAGCCCUGUACUCUGAAUCAGGCAGCAAACUGUUUUAUCAUCAAGUAAAUGCAGAGAGAGAGCUUUACUUCUUUUUGUCUUCUAUCAUGAGGUUCUUUUGCUGUCGUAAAAUUUGA